CUGGGUAUAUUAAGCUGGAGCCCGUGUCUGCUUUGACUCAUGUGCAGCUGGUGACUGGAUCCACACAGCUAAGGACCACUGCAUCCUGCUCAAAUUCACACAGGAGAAGAUUGCUAGACUGCAUAUCCAUCAAGCUGUAAGGGAGACUUCUCAGAGAUCUUGUGACUGACACCAAAGAUCCAGAAGCCUCCAUGGCCUCCCAAGAUAUUCAGGAUCCUCUGCUCAUGAUCAGAAGACUCAUCAAGGAAACCACCGAGCAGGACACAGCAGGCAGAGAGACACACCUGCUGACUGAAGAUGAAGCCUGGGAGGCAUUUAUACUUAAGGCCAAUUUGCCCAGGGAGGAGGAAGCUGCGCUGCGUGAAACUCUGAAGAAACUUACAGCUCUCUUGGCCAUAAAGGACAAAGACAGGCUUCGAAAAGACCAGAAGAGUAGGAAGAGGUUUUUGGAAGCAUUUCCUCAGUUGAAAGUGAAGGUUGAGGAACACAUCAGGAAGCUCCAUGCCCUUGCUGACCAUAUUGAGGCGAUGCACAGUGGCUGCACCAUCUCCAACAUGGUGGCUGACUCCUUCAGCGCUGCCUCUAAUGUCAUGGAAAUCCUUGGUCUAUUUCUGGCACCAGUGUCAGCAGAGAGUAGUCUGGUGCUCUCAGCAGCUGGGUUGGGGCUGGGAAUAGCGGCCACUGUGAGUAGUGUUGCUGCCUCCAUUGUGGAAGAAACUAGCAGAUUUGGGGAUGAAGUUAAAGCCAGUCACCAGGCUUCAACCAGCAUGAACCUGAUGAAGGAGACCAGACCAACUAAGAUUGCAGACAAGCUCCUUCAAGCUACACAAGAUAUCAUCCAAGAUCUGGAAGCCCUUGAGCAGCACAUGGAGGCCCUCAAGCUGGUGAGAACCAAUCCUCGCUUAGAAGAAGAUGCCAGGAUCCUUGCAACCACCGGAAGACUCCCUGCCCAACGUGCUAGACAGGUGCAGAACUCCUUGAGAGGAACUUCUCUGGCAAUGACCAGAGAAGCUCGGCUCAGCAGCGCCACCACUGCUGGUGUCUCCCUUUGGAAAGAUAUGGCCAGCCUUAUGAAAGAGUCAGACCAUUUGUAUGAAGGUGCAAGGUCAGAGUCAGCUGAAGCACGUCGGAAGCUGGCCCAGGAGCUGGAGGAGAAGCUAGAGAUGCUCACCAAAUUCUAUAAGAGCAAAUGAUCAGGCUUCGAUUCAUCCCCUUUCCUGGAGCCAUGCAGAGGUCAGAGGAGAUGACCUGGAUGGGAAUAAUAGAAGCCUUUUGUUAGAGAGGGAAAGAGGCUGAGGUCACCUCUAUGGAACUGAGCAUUCAGGACUGGGUGUUUCUAUGGCAGAGAACAGCAAGGUAAACAAGGGUAGCUAGUGGGUCAGUUAAAAUUUUUACAACUGGAGCCUCAAAUAAGGGCCCAGAGGGUGUGUCAGAAGAAUAGGGACUAGAGACUGAUAUCAAGAUGAACAUAUGGAAGAAGCCAAUUGACAAAAAAAAAAAAACCCUCCCCACCUGAGCUACAUGUAAUAAAAUAUUCUGGGAGAAAAGCCAGCAAUAUGCAAAUGCUAGAGAAGCAGGUGUACGUAAAUGAGCCCAAUAGCCCUGUGCUUUUGAGCCUGUGCUUUUCCCCAGCUCACUAGUGCCCUCCCAUUAUCAGAAGUGUCUGUCUCUUUCUAAAUAAAUAAUUCCUAUCUCUGCCACCUUA